AUGAAAAGAGAAAAUGACGGUGACGACUCUUUUGCCUUCCCCCCUGAAAGGGAUAUUUGCAAUUUGUAUCGAAAGGAUCAUUAUAUGAAGCACUGUCAUGUUAAGAACCACAUCGAGCCAAUAUCAUUGGAAGAUGAAGUUCACAUUUUAAAAAGGGAGGAACACCAAUCGUUUAAAUUAAGCGAUAUUUUAAAAUCACUGGAAAAAAUAAAAGAAGAAAAAAAUAAACCACCAAGUGAAGACAUCAUUUUACCAGAAUAUGUGGAACAUGAAAAAGUUGAACAGGAAGAAGAGAGCCGAGAAAGGAUACAUUGUGGAGUGUACCUACACGAAGUUAACAUAACAGACAAUUCAUAUUUUCAUUCACGCUAUGACGAUAUGAUUGAUGAUUACUCUAAUCCUAUACGCAUAAAGGGUGACAUGUACGUAAACAACAUUGUCCAUUUCGAAGAUUCUUCAACUUAUCGUUCCGUAUUUCAGGUGCACAGAGUAGAGUGGUUCUUAGGUUUAGAAAUAAAUGAGAAAAGAAUACACGAAAUUGUCCCAUACAGUCAAGGGAUGUCUUUUCGAAUCCCUUUUGAGGCGUUAGGAAAAUAUAUAUUUUGUAAAGCCUACAGAAAUGUACACUUAAAUUCGGAGUAUCAAAAAGGGGCAAGUAAUACGGUCUUCGAUCCUCAUACACUACAGAAGAAGCCUGUCAAAUUUAAAGCAGAUCCCAAAUGUAUUGAAAAAUGUUCUAUUACUUCGAAGGGGCCCGUCCUAAUAUCCAUAAAUAGUGCCUUUCAAAUAUUGACAUUCCUUUGCAACAAUAAUUAUUCCAUCCAGGUGAUUGUUGAAGACCCCCUGGACAAUUUCUGCAACCUUUCCGCCUCAUCUUUAUCCGAUGACGAGACAGUUACGACAACAUCCAACGCGACGAACAGGACAGAUGAAAAGAACUGUUUCCUUGCUACCCUCUCCAUCAACUUUGAUGAGAUUAAAUUUCGCUUAACAAAUUUGGAAAACGUCGAGGAGGAUCAACCCCCCAGUGGUGCAACGUGCGAUGCGCAGAUUCCCAAAAGAAACAAUGACAAGCGAAGAAAUUCUGCUUUUAAUUUUUUUCGCCCCUUCGAGUUGCAAAAUGAUGGUGCACACAACUCAUCCUAUUCGAGAGCGGAAAAAAAGAACAACUUAAAUUCGGAUGAAGAUGGUGAAAAAAGCGCAGAAGGAAUGAAAUCCUUGCAAAGCGCUGGGCUGAGUGCAGAAAAAAAAGGGAAUCUUAAAAUGGAAGGCAAGAAAACUGAAUUGACGCUUAACUUGUACGAAGUAGAAUUCAGACUAUCCAGUAAAGACGAUUGCGUCGUGGUGAGCAUCGGAAUUGAUUUACAGAGAUUUUUUAAAUUUGUCAAAUACAAAAUGGUUACUAUCAAGCCGGUUGAGAAGAACACCUCUGCGAAUGAUCUGUGGCUAAUACUGGUGGCUUUCAAAUCUGCGCAGUCUUAUAAAGAAGUUUUAAAAAAAAAUGCAAAAAUAAUUUACACGAAUACGAAUAUUUCGUUCGUUCAAAAUAUAGUAAACAAUUAUUUGACAAAAUCGAUGGAAUGUAAUGCGGACGGAGCUAUGCCUCUUCAGAAGAUAAAUACAAUUUUUAACGAAACGGGUUGA